CCCCAAAGCUAUGCUGAGUAAUGGAAUGCCAGGUCGCCACCAGUUUGAGUUCAACGACGUUGCUAACAAAUGCAAUUCGGAUGAUCGCAUAGAUUCUAUGUCUGCAUAAGGCUAGACAUCUUGUAUGGCAACUAAGAGUUGUCUUUCCUUGAGGUUGUGUCUUUGUGACAGGUAUAGACUGCCAUGAGUUCCACCCCGUCUUCCAACAAGAAAGAGUUUCAGUGCAACUAUUGUUACCGAGACUUUCGCCGUCUCGAGCACUUGCAACGGCAUACCAGAAGACAUACUCAUGAGAAACCGUUCAAUUGCCCAUGUGGAGCCGAAUUCUCCAGACGCGAUCUUCUGAAACGUCAUGAACGUAUUAUACAUGGAGAGUUCAAGGGGAAUACCCUUGCAAGCUCCCUUCCAGGAGAAAGAGCUACAGCAUGCAGCUCCCAUUCUGAGUCUCAGGGUCCUCGUGUUGUCCGGCGCAAUGCCGACCAGUUGACUCCCGAGUCGUUGCAGCGCUCUAGUUCCCAGGCAUUGACCGGACGGCCUGUUAUGUGAGUAUACUGACAGUUUUGAUGGGUAUUCAAAACAACAAUUA